CACACACAGCUCUGCUGGCGCGGUUGUUUGGUGCAGGUUGAUGUUAUCAGUAAAUUAGGACAUGGCUUGCAGCUUGAUGACCAGCUUGAGAGGAGGGAGAGCCUGACCGGUGUUGCCUAAAUGAGAUAAAAAGCGCGUGGCUGGCGCUAGGAUUUUGUAUUCUCCAGCAAGGUGUCGUAUCCGUAACAGUGAAUAUCCGCGCAGAACUACCAGGCCAGCUCACACUGCGAAAUGGUCACGUCUAUUCUUGGACUCCUUAUCCUACCGAUAUGUCUUCAGCAGUGUGGUGUUGUACACGGAUCGAAGACUGAAUGUGAGCCCAGUCAGUUCCAGUGUGGGAAUGGCCGCUGCAUCCCAUCUGUCUGGCAGUGUGACGGGGAUGAGGACUGCUCCGACGGCAGUGACGAGCACAUCUGUGUUCGUAAGACCUGUGCGGCGGUGGAUUUUGUCUGUCGCAAUGGCCAAUGCGUCCCCAAGAGAUGGCACUGCGACGGUGAGCCAGACUGCGAGGAUGGCUCUGACGAGAGCGUGGAUGUUUGCCACACCAGGACCUGCCGUGUGAAUGAGUUUAGCUGUGGUGCCGGGUCCACCCAAUGCAUCCCGGUCUUCUGGAAGUGUGAUGGCGAGAAGGACUGCGAUAACGGCGAGGAUGAAAUUGACUGCGGUAACAUCACGUGCGCCUCGCUGGAGUUCACCUGUGCGAGCGGCCGCUGCAUCUCCCGUAACUUUGUGUGCAACGGCGAGGACGACUGUGGCGACGGGAGUGACGAGCAGGAGUGCGCCCCGUCGUCCUGCGGCCCCAGCGAGUUUCAGUGUGGCAACGCCACCUGUAUCCCUGGCAGCUGGGUGUGUGACGACGACGUGGAUUGCCAGGACCAAUCGGACGAAUCCCCUCAGCGCUGUGGUCGCCACCCCACGCCCCCGGCUAAAUGUUCACCCAGCGAGACUCAGUGUGGCUCUGGGGAGUGCAUCCACCGCAAGUGGCGCUGUGACGGAGACCCCGACUGCAAGGACGGCAGUGACGAAGCAAACUGUUCUGUUCGUACCUGCAGGCCAGACCAGUUCAAGUGCGAGGACGGCACCUGUAUCCACGGCAGCAGACAGUGCAACAGCUUGCGUGAUUGUGCAGAUGGCACCGACGAAGUCAACUGCAAAAACUUGACUCAGUGCAACGGCCCUGACAGGUUCAAGUGUCGGAGUGGCGAGUGUAUCGAGAUGAGCAAAGUGUGCAACAAGGCCCGGGACUGUCCUGACUGGAGCGACGAGCCCAUCAAAGAGUGCAACCUGAACGAGUGUCUGCUGAACAAUGGCGGCUGCUCCCACAUGUGCAGGGACAUGGUGAUUGGCUACGAGUGUGACUGCACCCCUGGACUGCAGCUCAUAGACCGUAAAACCUGUGGGGACAUCGACGAGUGUAUGAAUCCUGGGAUCUGUAGUCAGAUCUGUAUCAACCUGAAGGGAGGGUACAAGUGCGAGUGCCACAACAGUUACCAGAUGGACCCCACCACGGGAGUGUGCAAGGCCGUGGGCACGGAGCCCUGUCUGAUCUUCACUAACCGGAGGGACAUCCGGAAGCUGGGUCUGGAGAGGAGGGAGUACACGCAGAUCGUGGAGCAGCUGCGUAACACAGUGGCACUGGAUGCAGACUUCACCCAGCAGACGCUCUUCUGGGCUGACCUGAGCCAGAGGGCCAUCUUCAGCACGGUGUUGGAUAAGCGAGGAGAUGUAGGAAGUCAUGUGAAGGUGAUAGAUAACAUCCAGACACCAGUGGGGAUCGCAGUUGACUGGAUCUACAAGAACAUCUACUGGUCAGACCUCGGUACCAAGACCAUAGCUGUGGCCAACUUCAUCGGCACCAAGCGGAAAGUUCUCUUUGACAGCGGUUUGAAAGAGCCUGCGUCCGUCGCUGUUGAUCCACUCUCUGGCUUCUUGUACUGGUCAGAUUGGGGUGAACCAGCUAAGAUUGAGAAGUCUGGCAUGAACGGGGUUGACAGGCAGGUCCUGGUCGAGACUGAUAUUCAGUGGCCCAAUGGAAUCACUCUGGACCUGAUCAAGAGUAGACUGUAUUGGGUGGACUCAAAGUUGCACAUGCUCUCUAGUGUCGACCUGAACGGAGACAACCGGAGGAAAGUGCUCCAGUCCCCAGAAUACCUGGCUCACCCCUUCGCUGUCACUGUGUUUGAGGAUCGAGUGUUUUGGACAGAUGGGGAGAACGAGGCAAUCUACGGCGCAAACAAGUUCACAGGCUCUGAUGUGAUUACCCUGGCAAGCAAUCUGAACGAGCCACAGGACAUCAUUGUUUACCACGAGCUAAUCCAGCUGCCUGGGACGAACUGGUGCAAUGAGAAGGCUCAGAAUGGUGGCUGUGCCUACAUGUGCCUGCCAGCUCCACAGAUCAACAAAUACUCCCCCAAAUACACGUGCGUGUGUCCGAAAGACCAGACGCUCGCUACAAAUGGCCUUCACUGUCGACCAGUGAGCCCUUCUACUCCCUCAAAGGAUGAUGGGAAAGCUCUAAUACGUCCCACUGACCCCCAAGUGACCACGGUGCCAAAAGUUGUCCCCCAACCUGUCCCUGCUGAAGCCAACGUCAGUACAGCCAUCCGUGAGGUGGACUCUACAGCUAGAGGAUCUGUAGCUGCCUGGGUUAUCCUCCCUGUGUUGUUCCUGGCCAUGGCUGCUGCAGGAGGCUACUUGAUGUGGCGUAACUGGCAGCUGAAGAAUAAAAAGAGCAUGAACUUUGACAAUCCAGUGUACCUGAAAACCACCGAAGAUGACCUCAACAUUGAUAUCAGCAGGCACUCCUCCAAUAUAGGCCACACCUACCCAGCAAUAUCAGUUGUGAAUACAGAAGAUGACUUGUCAUAACCAAUCUGCCAAGUGAAACCCGUCAGUUUCUUCUACCUUUGGUCUCCAUGCCAACGACCUCUGCUUCUUUAACAGAGCAACAACCAGAUGCCUUCUGAAGUGCAUUAAGUUGUGUUUUCUGGGGGAUGUUUGUCAUUAGUUGUGUGAAUGAUGUAUGAAUUGUCCUACUCACACCAAGUGUGUCCAAAGUGGCAAGGGGUUUUGGGGGCUUGGCCUCUUUUAUAUCCCCACUCCUUCCCCCUUAGCCCCAAAACAUUUCAAAGAUUCUACUACGUGCGACCUUGCGUCUAGUUCAGUACACUGGUCGUCCUUUGAAGUGAGGCCAUGCAGGGCGCGAUACUGGUUCUGACCUUCAGUCCCCUAACUGGACAUGUUUAUCUGAAUAUUUAUGAAAAGCAUAUUUUAGGCAGUACUGUCUUAAAAUAUGUAUGUUUCUUAUGAACAUAAUCUCCAGAAGCACAUUCUUAUAAAGCUUUUUUUGUGUGUGAUUCUGUGCUGGGAAGAUGAGAGCUAAGGAAGGUCAUGUUACUACUGCAUUUGUAAAACAUUGUACAUAAACCCUCUUCCCCUAAGAACAGAAUCAGGACUGAAGCACUUUGAUCAAAUGGUCUGCUGUAAAUAAGAUUGUAUACAUUUGACUGAAAUCAAUUUUUGCUAUGGUUGGGCAUAGUACCAGGGUAGGGUAAGAUGUAUUUAAAACUGACUUUGUUAAACUAUUUUGUAUGUUUGUGCCGUUGCUGUGACUUUUUCUAGCCAUGUGCAGGGGGACUAAAUGCUGUGUCGUGAAUAAAAUGAUUUGCAAACACUUAA